AAUUUUGUUUGCACUCGGGUCGCUACAACGAGCGAUUCCACAGAUUUCCGGGGUUAUGUUCGCAGUGCACGUGAGACCUGUGGAAACACGCACUGACGGUUUUCAACGCCAGAAGAACAAGCAUUGAUCUGAGGGAGAAGAGUGGCUUGAUUUUCAGGCAAGAUGGAUGGGAAGGUUAAGAAGCAAAAGCAGCAUCAGCAAAAGCACAGUGGACCAAAGGCAGAGAAGAAGAGGCUCAAAAAGCAGGGAGCAUCAGUGGAGGAAGAUGGGCGGAAACGCAACCCCAAAGCUUUUGCUGUUCAGUCUGCUAUCCGCAUGGCCAAGACAUUCCAUAGGGCCCAGGACUUAAAAACAAAAAAACACCACAUCCCUCUUGUUGACCGAACUCCCCAGGAACCUCCUCCCGUGGUGAUUGUAGUUGUUGGACCCCCCAAGGUGGGAAAAAGCACUCUGAUCCGCUGCUUGAUCAAAAACUUCACUCGGCAGAAGCUUGGGGACAUAUGUGGACCUGUGACCAUUGUCGCUGGUAAGAAGCGACGUCUGACAUUCAUGGAAUGUAACAAUGACAUAAACACAAUGAUCGACUUGGCCAAGGUUGCAGAUCUGGUAUUGAUGUUGAUUGAUGCUAGCUUCGGCUUUGAGAUGGAGACAUUUGAGUUUCUCAACAUUUGUCAGGUUCAUGGUUUCCCCCGUAUUAUGGGUGUGUUGACUCACCUGGAUUCAUUCAAGAACAACAAGACACAGAGGAAGACAAAGAAAAAUCUUAAACACCGUUUCUGGACCGAGGUGUACCAAGGGGCCAAGUUAUUCUACCUUUCCGGUAUGGUGUACGGUGAAUAUCAGACUCAAGAAGUAAAGAACCUUGGCCGCUUCAUCUCUGUCAUGAAAUUUCGUCGUCUGGUGUGGCAAACCUCCCACCCUUACGUGCUGGUUGACCGUAUGGAGGACUUGACUGACCCUGAGAGGGUAAGGACAGAACCCAAGAGUGACCGGACUGUGUCACUCUAUGGUUACCUCAGAGGGACACAUUUGAAAAACAAAGGCCAGGUCCAUAUUCCAGGUGUAGGUGACUUUCAGGUGACUGAUGUGAACUUCCUGCCCGACCCUUGUCCACUCCCGGAUGCUCAGAAGAAGAGAGCACUCAACGAGAAAGAGAGGCUGGUGUAUGCACCCAUGGCUGGGGUCGGAGGGGUUGUGUAUGAUAAAGAUGCUGUUUAUAUUGACCUUCCGUCCAGCCACUUCAGUGAGCAGGAAGAGGUGCGGCCCACUACAGAGUUGGUCCAGUCUCUUAUUGAUACACACAGCACUCUGGAUGCCAAGAUGUCUGCCAGUAAGGUGUGUCUGUUCCAUGGCUCCGCCACUCUGGACCUUGCAGACAUCAACAAACAAAGCGGAGAACAGAAAAGGCUUGAGGAGGAGCUCAUCUGGGAUCCAAACACCAAAAGAGAGAGGAGGAAGGUGAUCCUUUCUGAGGAGGACCAAGAUAAUGCCAGUGGCUCUAGCAGUGAUGAGAAUGAUGACAGUGAAAGUGAACAGGAAGAAGCAGAGGAUGACGAUGAGGAAAACUUUUCCAUCUUUCUCAAAGGGACACAAACCAAAUCUGAAAAAGACGCUACCAUAUCUGUUCCUCCUGUGAAGAAACCGAAACUGAAGGAGAAAGUCAUUUCUGAGGUGCCAGUGUUUGCAGACAGCGAAGACGAGCUGGAGGAGAGUGAAGGAGAGAGUGAGGCUGGGAGAGCAGGUGAUGGUUCUGAAGAGGAUGAAGAAGAAUCGGAUAAGGGCAGUGAGGCUGAAGAAGAGGAACAUGGUAAAUGGGCUAUGAGAUGGAAGGAGGAUCUGCAACAGAAAGCAUCAGAGGCAUUUCUACGACAUCAAGAAGCUGCUCCGAAUCUGAGAAAAGUGGUUUAUGGUUCAGUUGCAGAAGCAGAUGAAUCUGAGGAUGUUGACGCAGAGCUGGGAGGGUUGUUUCGAAUCAGCUGCCCCCUGGAGAGCAAAAAGUUUCAGGCCAAUUCGCUGGAUUGCUCUCGUUUCAUCCCUGACAUUUCCCACAACUGGGAUUUGGAAGAGAUGAUAAACUUGAUCAAGGAUUGUUUUGUAACAGGGAAGUGGGAGGAAAUCCAAGAUGCAGCCACUCUACUGAAGGAGGAUGAGGAGCUGUAUGGUGAUUUUGAAGAUUUAGAGAAAGGAGGAGUCCACAUGGGCCAACCUGGACAUGAGUAUCAGGCUGAGAGUAUUAUGAACAGUGAGGAUGGUGAUGAAGAUGAAGAGAGUCAGGUGAAGGUGGAUGAUGAAGAGGCUCAAAAGAACAAACGCUUGGAAAAGAAACGCAAACUUAAAGAAAGAUUUGAUGUUGACUAUGAUGACAGUGGUGCCAACUACUUCAGUGACCUGAAGGAUGAGAUGCAGAAGCAGGCAGAGCUAAACAGAGCAGAGUUUGAAGACGUGGAUGAUGAGACCAGAGUGCAGUAUUUAGGCUUCUGGCCGGGAAUGUACGUUAGAUUAGAAAUCUCUUCCUUACCCUCGGAGUUUGUUGCCAACUUUGAUCCUCAUUACCCUAUUAUCCUUGGAGGUCUGGGCUCCAGUGAAGGCAACGUAGGAUAUCUGCAGAUGCGACUCAAGAAACACCGCUGGUACAACCGUAUCCUGAAGACACGGGACCCCCUCAUCCUGUCAUUAGGCUGGCGACGUUUCCAGACCAUCCCUCUCUAUCACAUUGAGGAUCACAAUGGACGUCACCGCCUACUCAAAUACACGCCACAGCACAUGCACUGUGGAGCUUCCAUCUGGGGUCCCAUUACGCCACAGGGCACCGGCUUUUUGGCAUUGCAGUCAACAGCAGGAACUAAAGCUAAUUUCCGCAUUGCAGCCACAGGGGUUGUCCUGGACCUUGAUAGAUCAGUGACUAUAGUGAAGAAACUCAAACUGAUUGGUUACCCUUACAAGAUCUUUAAGAACACUAGCUUCAUUAAGGGCAUGUUCAACACAGUGCUGGAGGUAGCUAAAUUUGAAGGUGCUUCUGUACGAACCGUGUCAGGUAUCAGAGGUCAGAUUAAGAAAGCUCUGUCUUCACCACCAGGAGCUUACAGGGCUACUUUUGAGGAUCGCCUGCUCAUGAGUGACAUUGUGUUCCUGCGCUCCUGGUAUCCAGUGUCUGUUCCUCAACUCUACAACCCUGUCACCUCAAUGCUGCUGCCUGUCGGCCAGAAGGGCAGCUGGUUUGGCAUGAGGACACUGGGGCAGCUUAAACAGGAUCUGGCUAUCCGCAACAAACCCAACACCGACUCUCUUUACAAGUCUGUAGCCCGAACCCAAAGGCACUUCAAUGCCCUCCACAUUCCCAAGGAACUCCAGAAGGCCCUGCCCUUCAAGAGCAAACCCAAACAGCAGCAAGCCAAAGGAAAAACACCCAGAGACCUCCAGAGGCACAGUGUCAUUCGAGAGCCUCAUGAAAGAAAGGUGGCAGCCCUGCUCCAUGCCUUGAACACAGUCCACAGUUACAAGAGGAAAAAGGCCCAUACGGUGCAGCAUGCCAAACACAAAGAGUAUCUCCAGCAGAAAGAGAAAGAUGAGGAGGACAAGCUGAAAAGACAAAAGCAGGCACAGAAAAAAAUGUACCAGGUCAUGGGCCAGAAGGACCAGAAAAAGCACAGGUCCAGUCUAAAGGGGGCACCACAAGAUGACUAAUUCAUAAGGAAAAGUGCUCCAGAUUCUAAGAUACUUGGUCUGGUCAUGACUUUGUAACAGGUUGUCUUGUUUUUUCUGUGAUAUUGAUCUGAAGAUGGUUGUAAAGACAAACUGUAUCUGACUGUAUUGGACUUUGUUUUAAUAAAACACAAAAAUAGCCAAAAAUUGGA